AUGAACUGGGCCCGGCAAACUCCGCGAGGCUCACCCCCCGACAAGGGCAGCUUCCCUCUCGAUCACUUUGGAGAGUGCAAGGCCCUUAUGCAGACCUUCAUGUCCUGUUUAAAGGAACAUGAAUACAACCAGAGGAAGUGCCGGGUAGAGAGCAGAGAGUAUUUGCAGUGUAGAAUGGACAAUGAUCUCAUGGUAAGUGAGGAUUUAGAUGAUCUGGGGUUCAAUGAUAACAUUACUAAAUCAGAUCAGCCCGGGUUCAAUGAUAACAUUACUAAAUCUGAUCAGCCCGGGUUCAAUGAUAACAUUACUAAAUCAGAUCAGCCUGAUAAAAAAGAAGAAGUUGUAUCUUGA